AUAUCUCUGCAGAGAAUUUCUGCUGGAGGUCGGAGGCUAGAAAUUCUCUGUCCUUUUGCUUGUGUGAGUAAGCGAUGGACACCGACAGCCCCAUCCAAGUCUGAGGGAGGAUCUGUAAAGUUUGAAAAGUGAAGGCAAGAUAUCUCGGGAGUCCUGACUUUGGUAUAAUUCAGCUGCGAUGGGUAAAGAAAAGAAGAAAGACAGUAAGAAAGGAGAAAAGUCUUUGCCUCCUCCCCCCGCACACGAGCCAUCAGUAGAACCUGCUACCUCUGCACAGAACAUCCCACUGGCUGUAAAUCAAGUGGAUGAACAGCAGGCAGCCCAAACAGUUCCCCAAGAAGAGGUGAAAGAGGCAGUGGCACUUGUACCCCCAGAACCCAUUGAGUAUGAGGAGCCGAUUCUCACUCAGCUCAUCGUUGAAAGCUACGAAGGAGAAAAAAUCUGUGGGUUGUAUGAGGGAGAAGGAACAGCACAUUUUCAAGGAGGCAAUGUAUACAAGGGCAUGUUUUCUGAAGGCCUCAUGCAUGGACAAGGAACGUACACAUGGGCUGAUGGAGUGAAGUAUGAGGGAAACUUUGUGAAGAACCUACAAAUGCACCAUGGCCAUUACACCUGGCCAGAUGGCAGCGUCUAUGAAGGAGAGGUAAAGAGCGGGAUCAGGCAUGGCUUUGGCAUGUACAAGUGUGGCACCUACCCUGUUUCGUACAUCGGCCAGUGGGUCGAAGGCAAAAGGCAUGGAAAGGGCACCAUUUAUUACAACAGGGAAGGUUCUUGCUGGUAUGAAGGUGACUUCGUAUACAAUGUAAAAAGUGGAUGGGGAAUAAGAUGUUAUAAAUCUGGAAAUAUCUAUGAAGGCCAGUGGGAGAGGGACAUGCGUCAUGGAGAAGGGCGGAUGAGGUGGCUCACGACAAAUCAGGAAUAUACCGGGCAGUGGGUGAAUGGCAUACAGCACGGCUAUGGUACCCACACUUGGUAUCUGAAGAGAAUACCCGGAUCACAAUACCCCCUAAGGAAUGAAUAUGUGGGUGAUUUCGUCAAUGGGGACCGCCAUGGACACGGGAAGUUCUUCUUUGCCAGUGGAGCAAUGUAUGAUGGGCAGUGGGUUUACAAUAAGAAGCAAGGCAUGGGUAAGCUUGUGUUCAAGAAUGGCCGUGUCUAUGAAGGUGAAUUUAUAGAUGACCACAUGGCAGAAUAUCCAUCUUUUCAAAUUGACAUCAUGAAUAACCAAGAUCUGAGUGGCAUUCGGACGACGAGUCCCUUUGGCGCUGAGAGUAUCAAAGUCGUUGAUGGACCAGAUAGUACAUCUGCACUGGGAACGAAUAUAGAAAUAGAUAUAUCAACUUUGUUGGCUAUAUUUCCAGAAGAAAACAGGGAGGAAGAAAUCAAACAGACAGAGUUUGCUGUACUGAGAUAUAUCUCAGAACUGAGGCGAAUCUACACCUUCUACAGCAGCUUAGGAUAUGACCAUUCUCUUGAUAACACCUUCCUGAUGACGAAGCUUCAGUUCUGGCGAUUUCUAAAGGACUGCAGAUUCCACCACUGCAACCUUACGCUUGCCGAUAUGGAUAGGAUCCUGAACGAUAAAACAUUACUGGAAGAGAUUCACUCUCCAUAUGAGACUUUGCUACUCCGAAUGUUUUUGACAUAUCUCAUCUAUUUGUCCUUCCACAUCUAUCAUAAGGAGUUUGACAAUACAAGUCCCUGCCUCUUCAAGUGCUUCUGCAAAUUGAUGGUCAAGAAUAUCUGUCCUAACGCCUGCCGAAUAAAAGGCAUCUUGUUCAGCGACCGGCAACAAACAGUCUACGCAAUCAAUUACAUUGACAAGUGUUGGGAGAUAUUCAGGGCCUUUUGUCGACCAAAUCCCGUUGCUCCGUAUGAACCGACCAUGAAGAUGAGGCACUUCCUCUGGAUGCUGAAAGAUUUAAGACUCGUCAGCAAGCAAUUAACCGCUACCAAAAUUGUGAAUAUACUGGCCAAAGACAGCCCUUGCGUGCGUGAUGGAGAUGACACUAACUUAGAACAUGAGCUUGUUUUCCUUGAGUUUUUCGAAGCUCUGCUGGACUGUGCCCUGUUGUACGUCACCGAUGAGAUGCUGAAACAGCAAGCGGAAGAAGCCAGUCGUUCAUCAACUUCCUACAGAACAGAUGAGUUCAUAGACCCGUCUGCAGGGCCUGCUCAGGACUUGUCCUCUGUUCAGUCCAUGCAAACCAGAAGUAUAAGCAGUGGCGAAACAAGCACUGAGACCACAGAAAUCCAGCACGUCAAGGCUUCCACAAGCAAGAUUGUGCAUUUUGUGGAUGUUGGCAAGGGAAAGAAGUCCGAGAAAGGCAAAGGCAAGAAUGGAGGAAAGGAGGGCAAAGGACACCGGCACGGUUCAAAAUCUCCCAGUAAAGAAAAAAGUGUCUCUCCUCAGGCCAUGAGUUGUAAUGUCGCCUUCUCUGCUAUCAUGGAAGAGGAAGAAAGUACGGCUCAGUCUCUAUCAAGCGCGGAAACAGGGCAAGAGUCAAUUCUUAGCGCUCCCAUGAAGGAAUUAGCAGAUAACCUUGAAAAAGCAAAGAACGAACAGAAGGAGAAACUUGGUAUAUGGAUGAGCCAGAUAUACAUCUUUUUUGUCAACAAAUUCUUUGCCGGCUUCAAACACUUGGAAGUCGUGAAAGAAACCAUUAUAGACAACAGGAUUCGGCACGCUGAAUUCCUUGUACUGAAGAAAAUCCAAGAAGCUGAAGAAGAAGCAAAGCUCAAUGCUAUGAGGGAGGCAGAAGAAGCCAGAAAGCUAGAAGAAGCUGCAGCAGAAAAAGCAGCUCAGGAGCUGGAGGAAAGUUUGUGCAGAGAGAUGGAGGAAGCAUCGAUACAGCUGCAGUCUUCGCCAAAGGAAGAAUCCCCCGUUUCACCACAGGCGCCACCAAGCACCAAGACUACUGGAGGUGGGAAGAAGAAGAAAAAGGCAUAAAACGAGUCGCUGUACAAUAUCAGAUUAUUGUACUGAGGCAUGCGGAAUCCAAACAUUGCAAUUCAUGUUAGCUUUGGAUUACAGGAGUAA